AUGCUUGUUACUGCAUUGAGCAGGUCUGAUGAUGUCCGGCUUCUGUGGACGAUGGCGAGUCUAGCUUUGGCUUUCUGGAUGUCAGCAGCCCAGUUGGAGGUCGCAUCAAUGACGCCUCCGAGCCUAGCGCAAAUAGGCCCGACUCACCAGAAUGCCUGCAUCGAACUUCCGUUUCAGCUGGGAAUACCCUUUGAAUACACACUUCCUGACGACUUACAGGUUGGCCUUUUUCUUCAUAUCAUAAAUCGACUUUAUUACAUAAUUCUAUACGUCUGA